AGAGUUAGUUUGACAGCCGCUGGUGACAGGAAUAUAACGACUGCGGCUGCUAACAGCUAAGCUAAUAAUCUUUUAAUUCGUCGACUGCAGUUUGUUCUGCUGGUUUCUACUCAAACAUUUGGAGGAAACAAAAACAGAGCCGAUGUUUUUAUGAAAACUUCCUGUGAGCGGAGAUGCACUUUAGCUGCACAAUGUUGAAGUUUUCUUCGAGCUUGUAUCGGAAAUAUUCAGCCGGCAGACUCAGAGGAUUUAAAAGGAUGGAGACCGCAGCAGGGUACCGCACCGGAAGCUUCGAGGCCCUCCAUCACUCCAGUGACGACGACGAUGACGACAUGGUGGACAUCGCGGGGGGGACGCUGGACUUCUCCAACACGGAUGACGUCCCCCCUCUCAGCUCAGGAGUUUACGAGGAGUACAACAGCACACCAGCAGGUAUGAACGGUACGGGUCCCUCUAAACUGGUGGACCCACUGGAAGACCCGCUGCCCGGACUGGGCACCUACGAGGACUUCAACACCAUCGACUGGGUCCGAGAGAAGAGCAAGGACAGAGACAGACACAGAGAGAUCACAAAUAAGAGCCGGCAGUCGACGGUGGCUCUGCUGCACAGCGUCAGUGAUGCCUUCUCCGGGUGGCUGCUCAUGCUGCUGGUGGGACUCAUGUCAGGCGCUCUGGCCGGUGGCAUCGACAUCGCCGCCCACUGGCUGACGGACAUGAAGGACGGCGUGUGCCUCAUCGGCUUCUGGUUCAACCACGAGCACUGCUGCUGGACGUCCAACGAGACCACGUUCCAGGAGAGGGACCGCUGUCCACAGUGGCAGAGCUGGGGCGAGCUCAUAACGGGGACAUCAGACGGUGCGUUUGCCUACAUCAUGAACUACCUGAUGUACAUCUUCUGGGCUCUGCUCUUCUCCUUCCUGGCCGUCACGCUGGUCAGGGCCUUCGCUCCUUACGCGUGCGGCUCAGGAAUACCAGAGAUUAAAACCAUCCUGAGCGGCUUCAUCAUCCGCGGCUACCUGGGGAAGUGGACGCUCAUCAUUAAGACCAUCACGCUGGUGCUGGCCGUCUCC